GGCGCCGCCGCAGUGCGCGUAGCAUAGCAGAGCCCGCUGCCCGCGCACGAGAGGGGCGCGCUCCCGGGCUGGCGCAGUUUCGCUGCGCGGUACCUGACCCGCAUCCUUCUUCUUUUGGCGCCCGCCUAUCGCCGAGCACAGCCCCGGCCCCGCCAUGGGGAAUAUGCCAUCCGCGGUGAAGCAUUGCCUCAGCAACCAGCAGCUUCUCUGGGAGCAUCUCUGGAUCGCGGAUUCAGUGGCAGGGGAGCUCGACCCCGCGCAGGAAUCAUCCCAGUUGUCUGGACUCCCUGAAUAUGUUAAAAUAGUAGAAGUUGGACCUAGGGAUGGACUGCAGAAUGAAAAGGUUAUAGUUCCUACAGAUGUAAAAAUUGAAUUUAUCAAUCAACUUUCCCAAACCGGUUUGUCUGUAAUAGAAGUGACCAGCUUUGUGCCCUCCAAAUGGGUACCACAGAUGGCUGAUCACACUGAAGUCAUGAAAGGCAUUCAUCAAUAUCCAGGAGUUCGAUAUCCUGUCCUUACUCCUAAUCUUCAAGGUUUACACCGUGCUGUUGCUGCUGGAGCCACUGAAGUAUCAGUUUUUGGUGCUGCAUCUGAGUCCUUUAGCAAGAAGAACAUUAACUGUUCUAUUGAAGAAAGUAUGGAGAAGUUUGAGGAGGUCAUUAAGUCUGCAAGGCACAUGAAUAUUCCAGUACGAGGGUACGUGUCUUGUGUCCUGGGCUGUCCAUAUGAAGGAAGCAUCACACCACAAAAAGUGACAGAGGUGUCUAAGAGACUGUAUGGCAUGGGCUGUUAUGAGAUCUCUCUGGGAGACACAACUGGUGUGGGAACUCCAGGAAGCAUGAAGAGAAUGUUGGAAAGUGUCAUAAAGGAAAUCCCACCCAGUGCUCUUGCCGUUCACUGUCAUGACACAUACGGACAGGCCUUAGCCAAUAUCCUUACGGCCCUCCAGAUGGGGAUUAACGUGGUGGACUCUGCAGUAUCAGGAUUGGGUGGUUGCCCUUAUGCAAAAGGUGCUUCUGGAAAUGUAGCCACUGAGGAUUUGGUAUAUAUGCUUAAUGGCCUGGGGCUCAACACAGGUGUGAAUCUUUAUAAAGUGAUGGAAGCUGGUAACUUUAUUUGCAAAGCUGUGAAUAAAACCACAAACUCUAAAGUAGCACAAGCUUCUUUCAAUGCUUACCUUCAAUGAAUUUGUGACUUAAGGCUGAGAGGAUCCAUUUCAGCUACAGAUAUUCAUCUGAAAAUCAUACUGUCAACUUGUUUGAAAUGUGAAACAGACAAGAGUGGGAAAAAAAAGGUACUUUUACUAUACCUGGAUACAUUUUAAAGUCAACAGAAAGUAAUACCAGUCAUCAAGUAAAUUGCAAGCUGAAGCUAAAUAAUAAAAUUUGUAAACAUGCUUUUAAACAUGGAGAAAAGUCUACUCUUCUGCUCUCAUAGAAAUAAUUUAAUUUAGUAGACAUGAAAAUUGACUUCAGAUUUCCCUAAGUAUCAAAUACUGUGUUAAUACUUAAUCAAGCUGGCUUAGCACAGUGUACAUAUUGUCAGUAGUUUAUGAGCUCCUGCAUAGUAUGCGAAGUGUGUGGCCUCGAUAUUAUGCGUUAUGUCUCUGGAUCUCAACUUCCCAUUUGCCAAGUGAAUUAAAUUACGGACCAAGUGCCAAAUCUCCAUCUGACCCUACGUAAUUUUUAGCAGUAGAACUUUUACAUUUCAAGUAUGGCUAACAUCUGUUAACUAUUUCAAUGACUUUAUCUUGUUCCAAAAGGCUGUGGUCAAUGGCAAAAUGCCAUAUCCUGGAAACAUAUUACGACCUCCCAUGUUUGUUAACAUGCUUCCAGUUUACCAUACUUUUCCUUUCAUCAGUUAUAGUAAAAACCAGCAAUGGUGUUACUCAACUAUUGAGAAAUUGAAGACACGACUUUCAUCCAGAUGUCUAAAUUGCAGUGAUGAGAAUAGACUGAUAUACGUACCAUAAUUCAUGUUUGUAAUUUUCAGAUCACUUCCAAAUUGCCUAAGGAAAUGUCAUUGUGAUUCUAAAACUAUUAAUCAAGUUUUUAAUUCAUGAAAUAAACUGUUUUCCAUUGAUUCAGGGUACUUUGAUUAAAUCACAUCUCUUUUGUUGAUUUUUAUGGUUAUUUUUAAAGUUGAAGUGGCUGAAAUUUUAUCUUUUGUACUAGAAAGCAUUGCCAGAAAUAGCACAAAUUAAUAUACCAAGUUGAAAAGAGGAACAGGAGGACUAUGUUUAGGAAGACAGUUUUGUAACCUAUGCAAGUCAUAUGGGGACAGUGUUAUUACAUGCAGGUCUGAAAUAUCAGUUCUAUUAUUUAUGUAGACGUCUCCAGUAAUACUGGGUGAUCUUUAUCUUUUAAUAAAUUUGACUAUAACAUGAAAUAUGAAUGUGAGCAUUAUGGACUUUCUAUUAAAUAUUCACCAAAAUCAUUAAAAUGAUAAUUCAAUAAA